CGCAGUUCUGUGGCGGGUUUUUAUCAUCGGUGUUACAAGGGUGUUUUGUUUCAAUUACAAGGUGGCUAUGUUUUAGCUAUGAAGGUCGGUUUUCUUGACACCUCAAAAGAUACUAACUUCUUGGCUCGAAAUAACAAAAGAUUUGGUGCAAGUACUUGUCGGGCAAGACGCAGACGACGAAAUCGGAGCUCACAUACGUCUCGGUUGUCACCAUGCAUUGAGGAGUCAUCUAAAGUUGACUGUAUGGUAACGAAUUCUCUGAAUGGAUCCCCCGAACGGUUACCAUCGAAUUCUGGGUCAGUUGAAAGCAGUAGUUUAUGUAGUUUAGGGUCUUGCUAUGGGGUAUCUUCGACUGGGUUCAUCCACACUUCAAUGCCCCCUGGUCCACCGACAUCACCUGUCCCGAGUCCACCUCCAGUAGCACUUGGUGCUAUUGCGGAAGUCCCAGCGAAUUCUGUAACAGAAUCUCUUAUCGAUUCUCGACGAUCUAAGGAUGUUCCGAAUCUCCCUGCUGUACUUCGCAACCGUUUCAGACGACGCCGGAAUGCCAUAUGUGAUUCUUCCGCUCUCGGCCAGGGACUAAAGGACUUUUUCGCGUCUUAUGUUGUCUCCAGCUUAACAGACUCCAUGACAUCAUCGCUCAGUUUAGAAUCAUCUUCUGCACGCCCAAUGUUUGGAUCCUCACUCCAGCCUCACGUUCCCAGCACAGUUCCACACCUAAUGCACAUUGAUUGUGUCUCAUCUCCCUUAUGUUUGAUUGAUAGUGAGUCUCAAUCUGAAAGUCUGUGAUAAGUAUUUCCUUUAAUGAUCAUUUUUUGAUUAUUGUGUAACAGUAAUUAGUUUACUUUUUGUAGUUUCAUUAUCUAAUAUUUGCAGCCAGUUUAAUACUUUACGUUGCUAGAUGAUUUUAUUCCAACUCUUGGCAUUUCUUAACCCCUUAUUAUCUGCGAACAUAUUAUUUGUAUACGAGUCUUUCUGUACUCAUUAUUCAUUCUCUGUAAUUUCCUUCUGAAUUAUUCUCUUUGACGUGCUUAUAAUUUUCAUAUGUUAUCAGCUAAAAGCUGUGAUUUAAAAUAUUUGCGAAAAUAUUCUUCCUUUUUUUAAUAGUCUAAGCUCCCACCUUUCACUAAAUCAUAGGUUUAAACCUGAAGUCACUUCCAUCUGUUCACUAUCACUAGUUCUUGCACAAAAACAUGACUAACAAUCCCAUAUAUUUAACAAGCUCUGGUGCAUAAAGGUUUGUGCAGUUGUUGAGUUACAUCUUCAAAUAGUCGCACACAUCCUGAUUAAGUGUUACGAUAUUGAACACUCCAGAAGAACACUUUCAUGGAAUAUCUUAGUUUUUAAGAAAUCUAAGUGUAGUCAUACUACUUACGGGUUUCACGAUGGAACUUCUUACUUGUUAAUUAACAGUCCUUUUUAAGCUGUUGGCUCUUGUUAUAUUUUGUUGAUAUGCAUACAAGACCUAGGAGUACAUCAUCAACUAUUUACAAGAUUUUUGAAAAAAAAAUAUGUGAAUUGAAGGGAAAUGAUCAGAAAACUUAAAAUGUGAACAUAUUGGCUUCUCAAUAAAAUAACAGGUGAACGCAACUACACUGCGUAGACUACUUCCCACUAUUGGCUUAGGAAUCUUUGGACUAGUAAUCUUUGAUGUCUGUAGAUCUUACUCUAACUGAAGAUGAAUCUUAUCAUCCUGAUGGGGAAAUGGUGUUUCCGAAACAUGGUAUAGGUACCUGAAAAUAAACUUCAGGAUUUGCUGCCUUGUCUUUUUCAAAAUGAUCCUACUGCUAAUGUAGUAAACAAAACCUGUUCAGGUGGGUCAUUCAACUUAUUCAAGUCGUGUGAACUGGUCGGAACAAAACUGUGUUCAGUGUAAAACCAUGUAUAGAUGGGAAGCUAAUCUAUUUGGGCAUUUCAGUCGAAAUAUUAUACUUAAGACAAUGUUCAUAAGACAAGAGAUUAGACGGACAGAGUUUUGUCUAUUGCAGAUUUACGCAAGUACUGCCAGCAAAAUCUGCUUGAGCGUGAAAUAUAUAAAACACCGAAGGAUGUUUCUGAUAUGCUCGUGAAUUGGAGUCUGACGACUGAGACUUCAAAAUUUACUAGAUCUGAUAAUUUUUAUUUCAGUGAGUAGCUAUUACCCCUGUAACAUUCAUUGAGUUUCACGUAGAGAAGAAUAAUCUUUCGAAACUAGCUCAUCGAAGUUGUGUCUGUUUCUCACAAACGACUUCAAAAUUAAGACAACCUGAUGUGAAAUCCCCCACCUGCUAUCAUAUAGAGUAAUAAAGAAAAACUAUAAUGUCUGACUGAAAUGUUCAUCUUAGUACCACUUGAUGUCAGUCAGCGGUCACUACCGCUCAAACUGUAGCUGGAAAUACAUCGGAACUGUUUCUCAGUACCUCUUCCAUCCUACUAAUUCGAUCUAAUAGUAGUACUUUACUGAUUGACCCUUUUCUGUUUCACAUGAUAUUUUGGUUUUGCUCACUGUUCUUUAAUGUGUGAACAAGUUCUUACCGAUGAAGAUUAAUUCUCUGACUCAUUAUAGGUGAAGAAUUAUUACACUUACAUGAGGGAUUUCUCUGUAACACCUAUCACAGUGAGCGUAACUAGAAGAUAGAAUAGAACUCAGCAUUAAUAUAUUGUUGAAGCAUAGUCAUGACAGCUUUUGUCUCGGUACGAUCUUUAUGCUGACAAUUAACAAACCAGCAUAUGACGAUCCAGUUGAUGACCAUUUGAAUGCAGAACGGAAACAGGUCUCAAGUGAAAGAACCGAUAAGUUUAUUAUGAAUACCUCGCCAGAUUAGUUUCAAUUGUCUAGUUUAAUUCAAGACGUGAAAUUUUCUCACCAGAGUUACAUAAGCGCGCGAUAUGACUUACUUCAGUUAUUACCAAGAUUCUGUACUUGAAAGCGAAUUUGAAGUAUCUGGCUUGCUUCAGGUUGUCGGGUAAGUAAGUAUGUGUUCUACGUCUCUUCGUUUAGUCGUCUGCAUAGCCAAGAUAAAUGAGCCUUAUGAUGUGUUCAUGUUUCUCAACUUAAGAUCACUAAUUCUAUUAGUUAAGAAGCUUUGUGAUGCUUAACACUGGGAUCCGAGUAGUAUAUUAGUUUCCUAGGUAAUUUUCAAAUACAACCAAGGGUCUCCUCUUCAUACGAAUAGUAGAUAGAUAACCGUAGGACUGUAGAGCUUAUAAUUGUUAGUCUGGGUCAUGAGGAGGAUUAUGAGCUACCUGACACGGUUCCUCGAGAUGGUGUGAACAGUGACUGGGAAUUCUUGAUGGCAUGGCUUGAAACCCAUAACAGUGUUGUGGAUAUAUACAUUUGUUACCGAAAUUUCAUUGAUCUCAAACGAUUUCGUCAACUGUGAUAUUCUUUUGUUGACCACUUAUUGCAUGCCUCGGUAAAGUGCGGGAAUCAACAACAAUGGACUGUUUUGAAAGGUUUUAUGCUGAUUUAUCUGUGAGGAAAGAGUAAUUUGAAAGCGUUUCGUCAUAUUCUACGACACUGUAGUUACUGAUACUUGCCAAAUUGAUUAUCAAUCAGCAGAGGGUUUAGAAAAAUGUUCAUGAAUGCAACGGUGUUGAAAUUUGUCAAUUCAUACUGAACAGUGGUUUGUGAAGUCAAAAAUGUGUUGAGUUCUCUUAGUGUCAAUAAAUAUCAAAAUUUUGCCAAGUUAUUAUGUGUAAAUUACGGGACAAACCUGUGCGAAUGUGGGUCAUCGGUUUGAAUCCCUUUCUGUCUACUUUCCAAGGUUUAGGUGAUAGACAGAACCAGCGUGGAACCUCGCACAUCUGGAAGCAUGAGGGCGGUUGACACUUCCCGACUGCUCACACCGUGAAAGGUCUCUUGAUGUACCUAAAGGGAUACUGUGUGACCCCAGAGCUCAUAAGAUAUCUGCUUGAGACCGGUCACAUAUGAUCUUUCAGCAAGUUUGGGAUUUUGGUUUUCUACUUCCAAAUCCGACUAUGAAACCCUGUUGCAAGAAUCGGUGGGUGUGCUUUUUCGGGGGCUGACCUAACCUACCCCCCCCCCCUCCACAGGGAAGGUAGCAUCAGUGUGGCACUGCUGACCAUCCAAGGGAAACCUUACUGCUGCCACAAUCCCAUCCCACCAGCAGUAUAACCCCCCCCCAUCAUAGCGUCUCAAUCUAUACUAUGAUGAUACCUGCUUCCUGUCUAACCACUAUCCAAAAGACCUUUCUGGUAUGAUAGGACCUAAGGGGAACAAGCGCUCCACCAGCAUAGUUCGUUGUGAUAUACAAGCCUGAUCACCACGUCAAGGUAGCAGCUAUCGAUGAGAUGUUUGGGCAGGCGACAGGAUUCUCAUAUAAUCAAUACUGCUUGCUCCAACCUCCACGUCGCAAUUAAACCCAGUUGCUUAGCUUAAUUUAAGGUUGUUCUACCUUCAUUGGUUUUCUUUUUUAGCCCUGCCGACAAAGUGUGGUAAGUAGAAUUAAUUCACCCCUAUACGCGUUUCCAUGUUAAUGUCCGCAUAUGAAGGAUGCAAUGAUUGCGAGGUUAGAGUAGUCGACCAAAUUCAUUUAGGCUGUCUGAGCACAAAACCUAGUAAAAUCAAGGUUGAUAAACCAUAAUAAGAUAAGAUAUCCAGAGGAAAGCCCAACUAUAGUUGUAGAUGUGAUUAAACGCAAUAGGAUGAUGUAGCACGAAAGUAUUAAAAACUUCGUGAAAUAGAAAAGGGGACUGAUAACUGAAUCUUUGUUUGUCGAACCAACAAUGACUCAUAACCUAUUUCAGAUAUAUGGAGAAUUCAACUAUCCAUAUCAUAUAUGAGGAGCGAAAAUCAGAAUUACAUAGAUGCACGCCUCAAAAUUGUGAGGUUAUCUUACUAUGACUAUGGACAAUAAAUUGUGCUCAAAACGUAAUCUAGUAGACAAUACUAUUCUACUGUGUGAUACAUUUAAUAAAUCAACUAAAAGAGAAUUACAACCCACCACAGUGCCCAAAGUUCCACUUCUAUAUUUGCAUGAAAGAUGCUCUUUGUAUAUCAACGCCAUUGAUGUAACUAAACUAUUAAGUAUUGCCUGCACAGAUUAUUUUCAAGGUCCAACAGCAAUCCACACCAUUUUCUUGUAAGAUAAGAUUGAAAACAUUACACACUUUCAUAUGACUCUUGUUUAUAUAUGGGGACAAUAAAAUCACAACAUGAAUAUUAAGAUGACAAAUAUUUUCAAAUAAAGGAAUGAAGAGUAAAAAGAAAAGAAAUAAUAAUAUAGACGGGGUUAAUAUUUGAUGGUUCUUCUCGAGUAUUAUUAGUCUACUGCAUUUUACUUCACCGUGAGUAAUAAUCAUGAAAAACAAGGAAAAUAUGGAAUAGAUAACAGGGAGAGAUGCAUGACUGCGUUCAUAUAAAAAAAAACCCUUUAUGCGAUUGCCAAUACACACAGAUGUAUACAUAUUCAGUGUGUAAUAAUAAAAUAGCUUCAAAUAAAGAAUAGACAACAAUAAUAUGGUUUUCAGCAGAUAGUAUUUACGAAAUAAGGAUCAACAAAUUAACCGGCCAUUUAGAAGCACAAAAAUUACACUUUUUUUUUACUCAAAUGACAAAAUAUAUGAAGGUGGAGAAUACUUUUGUUGUUUAAAACAAAUAAAGACUCAUGAAAAUAUAAUCGAAGAAUACACACGCACAGAGAUAUGACAUUCAGAUAUUUUUUAAAAAUAGCACCUGGAUCUUAACAUGAAAAAAGAUAAAUCAUCCUAGAAGAUAAAUGAAAAUAAAGCGAUACUGGUAGAACGCAAUGAGUGUUUGUACCUGGCAGGGGGAGGAGGAGGAAGUAUCUUGGUUUUCUCUUAUUCACAUACCAUUCCCAACAAUCUCAGCUACAAAUUUCAAGAUAGAAAAUAUAUACAAAACAGCUAUAGGAAAUCGAAACUGAAUAAAAUGUUUAUGAUAUGAAGAGUAGCAACCAAUGUUAUUAGUUUACAAGCUAAAUUGAGGUAUUCUGUACCAUAGAAAAUGAUUUCUACAGCCUUAAUUAAAUC